ACAUUCCUGUCUGUCUCUGUCUCCGCACAGACAGCGCCGCUGACUUGCGCCGAAUCGACUCCGCUUGUUGUUUUUUUAUUGUUUUGGGGUUUUUUUAACCUCUCGCCACCACUGAGAAUCAUCCGCACAUGAGGAGGACGAGGGGCGGCUCUCCUGCUGCUGCCGGACCGCAGUGAAACUUUGGACUGUGCGCACCGAGCGCGAGGCGGAGAGGAGGGCGCGCGGCGCAGGACGCGCAGCCCGCGAGCGGCUCACCGGACACGAUGGGAGACCUUCACUAGAUCCACUCUGACACGGAAACACCAUGGCUGUGGACGCUGCGUCGAGCUUCAGUUUCUGCAGGCCGGCCGUGGAGUACCGGGCCCUGCCCGAGGACUUCAAGCACCAGCUGAGCCGACGGACGGGCGGGAAUCUAACCUGGCACGACGGGCGCGGGCAGAAGACGGCGGGCGGCAGAACAGUGAAGCUGCUGCAGCAGCCGGGCACCGAGGCCCUGCAGUACCGCUCAAGUGACAGUUAUGGAAUUUAUCACACGAGCCCGACUCAGCCCAGCCUGAUCCGUCCCGUCGUCCUCUGGUCACAGCAAGACGUCUGUAAAUGGCUGAAGAAGCACUGCCCACACAACUACCUGACCUACGUGGAGGCGUUCUCGCACCACGCCAUCACAGGGCGUGCGCUGCUGCGUCUGAACGGGGAGAAGCUGGAGAGGAUGGGCUUGGUGCAAGAGACGCUUCGACAGGAGCUGCUGCAGCAGGUGCUGCAGCUGCAGGUGCAGGAGGAAGGACGCAACCUGCAGCUGCUCAGCAGAGGCUCCUUUGGAAAGAUCUCAUAACUGGAAGAAGUGAACUCUGUGGGAUCCUCAUAUAAACUGUCAGCAAAAGACUGAAAUGUGAAUAUGAUCUUUGGGAUAAAGUCAUCCAGCGAGCCGUGACGUCCAGAAUAAAGUUGCUGACCGGAAGUUAUCAGCUCUUCGUUCUCCCUUUGCACGAUCAAGCGACUUCAUCUUUACAGACUGACUGUGACGAUAAAGCAUCUUGACAAUCUGUUUUGUCAAUUUAUAUGUUCUGUAAUUACUUGUUAUUGUAAUAACACCCCUGUCCUCUCUCUCAAGAUUUUUUUAAUGUGUUAAAAACAAAAGAACUCUGUUAAUAAAGAA